UUCGCUCGCUAGCUAGCCAGCUCCCCGGUCGUCGCAGCGGCCAGCUCCAAGAGACAGCGAGCAGCGCCCAGACUCGGCAGCUCUCGCUGUUGUGCAGAGACGACCACGGCGAACAGAGCCCCUCAGCUCAUUGUCGUUUGUCGUCUGCUACUGUUGGUCCUGCCGCCGCUGCUGCCGCUGCUUCUCGUUGGUUGUCGUUUGGCUACUGGCUGAAUCGUGCACAACCACAUCACCAGUACCGUCCGGGUUGAUUGAGAAGACGAAUACGGGUAGGGAUAGGACGGCGGGACGGCAACGGCGAACGCAGAAAAGGCCACAGACUCAGGGCCGAGACAAUAUUAAGGAUAACAAACGCGAAUUCUAGUGGCGUUGGUGUCUGUGUCGUCGAAUUCUCCGGUGGAACAAGCGGACGAGUGGGUGCGAACGUGCUAAAUAUCGAAGAAUAAACAACACUGCUGCGAAGUGUUCAGCCUACGACACCGCAGUCUGUUCUCGUGAUCGUUUGUUGAUUGUCGUCGAACAGUGGCGUUGACUUGCGACUAGGCAGCGAGAUAGUGCAUGUUCCGUUUAGCUGCUAUGAGUGUUUCUGCAGCUGGCUCCUAUAUUAAAACGCGGGGACGGUCUUACAGCAGCAACGAUCUGCGUGCGACUCAGGAAAGAGGUAUACAACAGUAAGCCAGUAUCGUCAGUGGAACAGCAAAAUCCGUUGUAACUGAACAACUGACCACAAGCACUCUGAAAAAAAACAGAAAAAUAGUAAUAAAUAUUAACGCUAAAAGUCACACCGUUAAGCUAAUGUGUCGAUUGCCAGAUUUGCGCUUGUAAUCUCACUUGACAUUAUAGCUGAACCUUGUUUGAGCAGCCAGCUCAAAGGGCAUGUUUACUUGCCAAGCUGACUCGUAAUAAAAUUGUGUCAGAUCAACGUACAAUCGAGCGCCAUACGCAAAAGCCACAGCUGCUAACAGCUGCUGCCGGAUGUAGCGCGGCCGUUUGUUUAUCAACAGUGUACGGAGCUUGUUGGUGUCAUCAUCGAAUUGAAAAAAAAUUCUAGUGACGCAGUGACCUACGCAAGUACAGACGCUGAGGUGCAGUUACGGACGUUUGUUAAUGAUACCAUAUCAUAUCUAUGGAGUAGUUGCCGGUUUCCGGAUACUUGUGGUAUUAGGAAGGCCAUUACCGCCGCCGCCAGAUUGUGGUAGUGCUGCUUCCAGUAGAAUCUGUAACCCGGAUAGGUUGAUGCUACAGUAUAUCGCUUAGCUAGUUGAGGAAAUGCUGGUUUGUUCUUUGGUACAACAAAAUCAGUGGUGUCAGCAACAACAGGAACAGUCCACCGAAUGGCUAAAGAAGGACGUGCCAGCAAUCAUCUGCAAGUCAGCUCCAAAGUCAUCGUAGUCAGAUGAUUCGAAGAUCAAUGAAAUACUAGAAACCGACGUCUCCAAGCAUCACAGCUGGGAGACUCGCUCAAGAAGCUUGUUGACAGCACUGCGUGUCGUGAAUUGCAUUGCGGCAAUCAUCACUUCCCCACGCCGCAAACCGUCAACGCCACGAAUCACGGUAAGGCCGUUGACGGCGUUAACGUGGAACGGAAUAAUUGAUCGUCGACGUGUUGUUCGGUAGCGAUAAAGCGUUGGCGCACUGCCCAGUGUCCAUAUCGGGAACGAAGGUUUUGCGCGAGUCUCGGGCCUCAACGCGCUGUUGUGUGCGACGUGUAUUAGUAUCCUUAUCUGUUUAGUGUGUAAUUGGUGUUUGAGUCGGUGACCAAUGGCUCCUGCUAUGGAUACCCUUACGACAGAGGAACAGCGCCAGGUCGUUGAGCUUGUGCAGGACUUCUUUCGGUAUCAACUACACAAACGGGGCGUCCGGUGGAAUCCCCCAGGCGUAGGAGCGACUACGGCUGAUCCUCCAGACAUCUGUAUGGCUCUUCGUGGACUCGGUGACGAGUUUCUAGCGAAAUAUCGGGAAAAUGUCGUACAGAUGGUGGAACGGUUUGACCUGCCCAAUGGCUAUGUGGAACCGGCGUACGCUUCGGUUCUGGAUGAAAUGUUCGCCGAGGGCAUUUCAUGGUCGCGAGUUGUCGUUUCGUUCGUUUUUUCCGUCGAAUUUGCCUAUCAUCUUAUAGAGAAGCAGCUGGCAGGCGAGCAAUGCAUCGAACAGACUUCUCAGUGGCUUAUGAACUACACCGCUUUGCGAGUUGUACCCUGGGUGCGAACGCAUACGGGAUGGGCGGGACUCAUACAGUUCAAGGAGGAGCAUGAAGGAAGCGGGAGCGAUGAUUACGCUUCGGUGUGGCCUAUUUUUCGGAACGCGUUUUGUGGAGUGGCGGGCGUGGCGAUCGGUGCAUUGGCUCUUGGCGCCUUUCUAACGUCGAGAUCGUAAACGGCAACCUUCGUGAAUAACUUCUUUUUGCCAGAUGCUUUUGCCAGAGCAUGAGUUGCUUGUCUUGCGGGAGUCGCUCGGCUCCAACCCUUCUAUAUUUGGCAAUGGACUGGCAAGCUGAAAUGGUAAUUCGGAUAACUAUGCGGCCUUGAUCGAAUCGAGCGGACGAUUUUUUUCAUCUAUGUAGCUUCCACUCAGUUGGCUGACUCAUCAAUAAACGAGUAAUCUAGCAAAUGACUUACCUAAGGAUGAUUACAAAAGUUAUCGCCAUCCUUUACGAUGAAAGAAUUCAGCUACACAUUUUCGUCGCAGAGUAGCAAACAGUUCGACCAAUCCCUUGGACAUCAUGCGUUCAAGUCAGGGUCAGUAAUUCGUAUCUAGAUAAUACACUCAGGUCAAUGUAGAAUCGAUAAAAAUGAAAAACAAAAAAUAUACGGUGAGGUAUGAAUGGUAACGCGGAUGAGUUGGAGAAGCUAUUCACGAAAAGGCAAAACUUGAAAAGACAAAAAACAUGUUGAAACAAAAAAAAAGACUGAAAAAUAA